AUGACUCAACCCCUACGAGAAGACUUCCCCCCUCUCUUCCUCAUCCCCUGCCUACUAGGCGUGCGCUCCCGCCGCCACCACUUCCUCCUCCGCCGCACCGAGCAGCUAGUUGGCGAAGCCAGAGCGGCCGUCGAGUCCAUCGAGAACACGCCGGGUGCCGUCAUGACCGUGGAGCAAGCAGAAUUCAUCAGAGACAGGUUAUUGCGCAUGCGACCUCAGAUCGAGGAGGUACUCGUGUAUCUUCUUAAGCACGAACGAAGGCGUAUGACAUUGCGGGCUGGCCUUGUCGUAUACGACAUGACAUGUUGCGAAGACGCGGUUGAGAAGGCUUUGAGGUAG